CUUCUAACCGAGUGUUGUGUUCUUCACUGAGUUUGGUGUACAGAAAAGAAGCGUUAUGUCCAGAAGAUUCCAUGCGGACAACUCAUGACACUUGUUUUCAGAGUUAUUUUCUGCCAUUAAACACGCAUAUUCGAAGUUCUUUGCGUCGAAAAUCGGAUUAAUUGUGUGUGAUCAUUUACUAAAACAGUAAAAUAAUAUAAAAUAAAAGAUAGAGAGAAAGAAAGAUAUGAUCUUGCCAUUAGCUAAGCUAGGAACUCUUGCACUGAGAACUUUUUCCAAACCCAUAGCCAAUCGUUUCAAGAAGGAAGCCAGCAUUCACCCCAAAUUCCGCCAGUUUAUUAUCAACUUUGCCCAGGCAAAUCAUCGAUUUACAACAAAUAUGCAAAGACGCAUCUACGGUCAUUCAACCAAUGUUGCAAUACGCCCCUUAAACGAGGAAAAGGCUGUCCAAGCUGCUGCAGAUCUUGUUGGUGAAUUCUUUGUAUUUUCGGUUGCAGUAGCUGCUGUAAUUUUUGAGGUACAAAGAAGUGCCAGAUCUGAAGCAAGAAAAGAGGAGCAGCGCAGACAAGAGUUAGAGGCAAUGAAGCAAAGAGAUGAAGAUUUAGCAGAAAUUGAGCUUCUUAAACAGAACAUUGCAGAGCUGGAAGAACUCUCUAAAGGACGAGGAUUAAGUGGAUUAUCCAUAUUAGGCAUCCUAUCAUACCGACAAUGA